GACGCACAGAAGCACAUGUACGCCCACACAGACCCAUAUGCUCUGGCACCGGAUUUCCGCCCGACUCGGAGGGCGCCCUUGUUCUCGUCGGGGAGCGCGAUCACCCGUCUGGCAUUGUUCUCCCAAUGUGGAAGAAAACACCAAGGCGAUGCCAGUGACUAGCGGGCCUAGUCUUCCUGUCGGACGCGGAUAUGUGCGUCCUUGGGACCGGGAGCUAUUCGCGCUUUGUUGUUAGGAUGACGGCUGGCACGACUAAGCGAUGCCCGAUAUAAAAGCUUUUACGCGGGGGCCUGACCGCCACCCAAACUUGCCUUCCGCGCUCUGGCCCUAGCAUUCAGAUUCAGAUUUCCAUCCUAGCCCAACGACACCAGCCUCAGCUACCGCGACCGGCAAUGUCUUUUACGACACUCCCUGCUCAGGAGUUCUCAUACUCGGACGAGCUGUUCCAGCGCGACUGUCUCAUCGACGUCCAGGGCGUCGUGGUUUCCCUCAGAACCAAACUCGAGGGCACAAUCUACAUCACCAUCGGGGACGAAGUCGACCGACAGCGGAUCGAGCUCCGUCUCUUGCCAGAGAAUUUCUCUGACAAACUCAAGAUCUCCGUCAAGACGAGCGUAGUGCGCACGGACGCUGCUGAACGCUCAGCGGAGGGCCAGGCGCGAGCGCCGCAGCCCUUUCUCCUCGACGACGCAGCCACGGAGUUGCGCUCGCGCUCUGCUUCUCCGCUGGGCUUCGGGGCGUCCUUCAUGAUCCCCGAGCCGUGCACGGGGCGCAAGCGCAAGGCGUCUGCGCUCAAGUCCGCGAUGCGCAGGACCGCCGAGCGUGACGAUGACGACGAUGCCAGGCAGUCCAAACGCACUCGGUUCAUCAAGUCCGAAGCCGUCGACGGAUUCGACUCGCUGCGCAGCGAGGCGUCGCGGUACGCGCCCCGCUUCGACGAAAACCACACGAGCCGGGCCGGGCGCAUUCCUCUCGAGGGACUGAUCGUCAUGUCGGAUGAGGAGACGGCAGAACCCGACGAUGGGACGCAGCGCAAGAACGCCGGGAGCGACGGCGGAGGCGGAGGCGACGCCCACAGGCCCCCCAACAACUUCACCUUCGCGAUCCCCGAGGCGCCGCUACCCAGCCUGACCCGCCCGCGGGCCGCCCUGGGUAAUCCCUCCGGCCAUCGCCCCGUGAUCUUCUACCCCCGCCCUGGCACCCCCGAGAUUGUCUGGGAGCCCGUCCCCGUCGAUGAGACGGACGGGCCCGGGCCCUCGCGGCCGGACUCCCCGCCGCCGCCACCGCCUCUUAUGCGCACGAAUGCGCGGCGCCUGAGCCCGACGGACCCGGAUCUGGGUCCGUGCUCCAGCCCCUUUGCGGCGGCCCCGGUAGAUCUUGCCUCUGCUCCGUCUGUGUACCUCGGGCUGGAGCGUGCUAAGAGCAGGCGCGGCGGCCCGUAG